CGGGACGCCGCAGACGUCAUACGCCAAUCCGACAUCGACGACGUUCCGCCUGCGCGUCGAUCUCGAAAGCGGAACGUCGGUCCUGAUAACGCGAAAGUGGUAUAUCCUCUUCCUCGCAAUCAGUCAGUCUCUCUCGCUCGCAGCAACGAGCGGCGUCCUCUUUCUUGCGUUAAGGAUCGCGCGAUCUGGUCUCUCCACAUCUUCGGCUUCCACCGAGGUGGUGUUCGCCGAUAUUGGGGUGAAGAACCAGGUUACGGAUCGUAGAUCGAGCCGGCGCUUGGAGGACUACUUGGUGAUCGUGCGUCGUGAAGGGUGGAGGAGUCGGUGAUCGCGGGAGAAGUGACGUACGUGCCACAGUGCGGCUACGCCGGGAACUGGAAUUAUCCUAGCACGUUCGACGUCGCCCUGAUAACGAAUGAUCGAGGAGGCACAAUGAACGGGGCAGCUACGGUCACGGCCACCGAAGAUCAUCAGCACCAGCAUCAGCAGGCGCAGAAUGAAACGAAUUCGGAACAUCCGCGGAGCCCUACCAGUCCGUUGAGCGUCAGGCACGACUCCGGCGAGAGCAGUGUGAUCUCCCCGGGCCUGCCGGAACGUUACAGCCCUUUGGGGGCGACUGGGUCGACAUCCAGUCACGAUCCUUACGCCUCCCGUUCGGUCCAGGAAUGCCCGGUGCCACUUUGCAGAGGGAUGCCGACGGACUUCCCCCUCGCCCGUUCGCCGUACCUGACCGCGCUCGGGAACGGGCAUCCCCAUUUGCUGGGUCAGGUGCAGCAUCAACAGCAGCAACAGCAGCAGCAACAGCAACCGCAGCAGCCGCAGCACGGUAGCAAGCCGCCGCGCAGCUUGGGGUUGAUAUGCGUGGUCUGCGGCGAUACAAGCUCCGGCAAGCAUUACGGAAUACUCGCCUGCAACGGCUGCAGCGGCUUCUUCAAGCGAAGUGUCAGGCGAAAGCUGAUUUACAGAUGUCAAGCCGGUACUGGGAGGUGCGUCGUCGACAAGGCGCAUCGGAAUCAAUGCCAAGCCUGCCGGCUGAAGAAGUGCAUGCAGAUGGGGAUGAACAAAGAUGUGGGACUAUAUGGAAUUUCUUCGUCUGUCCAGAAUGAACGCCAGCCGAGAAACACUGCCACCAUUAGACCAGAAGCACUCGUCGAGAUGGACCAAGAACGGGCGUUGCGCGAAGCAGCCGUCGCCGUAGGCGUUUUCGGACCACCGGUGUCUUUGGCCAUGGCGAGAUAUACCACGCCGUUACCUCUGCCGACAGUCGCACCUACGACAAAUUCCGCGAACAAUACGACGCCACCCCGGCAGGAUAACGAAGACGGAAACGCGUCGGAGGACAGCAUAGACGUAACGAACGAGGAGCCGUUGACACCUCAACGGAGCGGGUGCGCGCAGCUUCCGCCGGUGCUCCCGUCGUUAUAUUCACCCGCGAGUGCUGAGACGGUCUACGAAACCAGCGCGAGACUACUUUUCAUGGCCGUCAAAUGGGCAAAGAACCUUCCCUCUUUCGCUAGUCUACCAUUUCGAGACCAGGUAAUAUUACUUGAGGAAGCCUGGUCGGAGCUGUUUCUCCUGAACGCAGUUCAAUGGUGCCUGCCGCUCGAGUCGUCGCCUCUCUUCAGCGCCGCCGAGCUGACGGCUCUGACCCUCUCGCCUCAUCCGCAUCCGCACUCGGGGAUGCAUCUGCAAACCACCACGGGAAAGCCGAGCCAAGUGGCGGCGGAUGUCAGGCACUUGCACGACACCCUGCAGAGAUACAAGGCGGUCAUGGUAGAUCCCGCGGAAUUCGCCUGUAUGAAGGCCAUCGUCCUCUUCCGCCCAGAAACUCGCGGCCUGAAGGACUCCAGCCAGAUCGAGAAUCUGCAGGAUCAGGCGCAAGUGAUGCUGGGACAGCACGCGCGCGCUCAACAGCCAGCCAGUCCGGCCCGCUUCGGCAGACUGUUGUUGCUGCUGCCGUUGCUAAGAGCCGUUCCAGCGGCGAGAGUGGAGUUGAUCUACUUCCACAGGACCAUCGGCAAUACGCCGAUGGAGAAGGUCCUUUGCGACAUGUACAAAAACUAAGGCCACCUCGGCAAAGAGUUACGAAGUGGCGCGAUGAAAAGCGACCGCGCGGUCGAGCAAUCCGCGGGAUCCGAAGAAUCUCGAGACGAAAGUAGGAUUCGUAGGAGACACGAUCGGUCAUCGAAAGUGGAGUUGAAGCAAAGGCCGAGGCGAGAGAGAGAGAGAGAAAGAGAGAGAUAUUCCCCGAAUGCAAAGAUCAAGGAUAUCUCGAGCUUCGUUCCGACACGAUCAGGCCUAAGGACGAAGUCCUGUGUCCCUUCGGCAAAUUCGCGAGAACUCCGAUCGGCGGGUAUUCCUACUACCGGUACAAACGCGAGGCACACAGAGGCGGGGGAUAGCGUCGCAAACGAAUUCAACGGCAACUAAAGUCGACCGAGGGACACGUCAAUCGCGGCGUAAAUAUACACACAUAGAUAUACAUGUAUUUAUUUAUUAUAGACAUAUUUAUCGAGCGUUAGGCCCGGCACGUUGAUAGAACGUCACCCGCUUUCGCCGAGAACGAUCGGAUGGAUCGACGCGGAGAAGUGGAGGGACGUUUCGUUUUCUCCUUUCUUGUCUUUUGUACCUUGUUUUACGUUCGUCGUAAAGUUACCGAAUUAGAGAGGAAAGUGACGGAGGGCAAGGAGAGACACCCCGUAGCUUGGUGAAUGAACGUCGGAAAUGCGGGACUAAAUUAUCCUUCGAAUGUAUUCCUGUGAAUUCGGUAUGUGAAAUAUUUUCUCUUUUUCUCCUUUUUUUCUCAGCGAGCAAAUUAAUUCGGAUAGAUAAAUAUGUGCACACGGACAAAUUUAUGCGUGCGAGAGAUGCGAUUGGUAAACCGUGGCGAUAUACUUGUCGCCAUCGGGAUUAAGUCGCGUGUACAAAUAACCGAGGCGACAACACGAAUACGUGAAAUUUAAUUUAGCGUAUGAAAUUGACCGGCACAAAAGUAUCUUCGUUCACGAAGAUGCGGGGGUUGCUUUCUCGGCGCUGUAAAUGAACGCUCGUCCGCACUUUCUCUGUAUAUUUCGUGUUGUGAUACGUGAUACUAUUCGCUGUAAAAGUCUACGUACUCUCAGUCGGUGAUAUGUAUUGUAACGAAUACUUGUAAUAAAAGUAAAUCU